AUGGACAUGUUCAUCGACCGACACGCUCACACCACAUACCAAUGGAUGAAGCUGGCUGUGUACAAAAACUUCACACUAGCGGAUGUGGACGACCCAACGAUUCGGGACGCUGUCCGAUUUGACAGUAUCGGCUCAAAGACUCUCAAAGCCCGAAUGAUUGCCGCUGUCAAGUUGGCAGAACUUGAUAUGUGCGCCGAGCUCAAGGGUGAAAAGUACGUGUUGGUGUUCGACGGUGUUACGGACGCGUGCGAGCAUUCUCUGGCCGUUUUCGCCGUAACUAAGAAGGGGGCGCGUUUUCUGGCCUUGUCGACCUUCAUGAAUGAGCAGAGUAUGACGGUUGACGAACACAUUCGCUUUCUCGAUAUGAUAUUGACCCAGUACGGGCUUUUGGACACCGAUCUUGUGGCGAUCGUGUGCGAUAACAUGGAGACCAACAAGGCCAUCUCUCGAAGGAUCAUAGCACCGAUGAUCGGGUGUGCAGCCCACCGUUUUAAUCUGGCUGUCCGAGAAUACGUUGCUAAGCAUUCUGAUGUCAUCGACAAGGUGGCAACACUGAUGCGAAAAUUGAAGACUGUUAAGAGGAUUGCACUUCUAAAAGCUAACAAGUGCAAGUACAAACCCGUACCCAUGCAUGAGCUUCGUUGGAGCGGUCUUCACCGGAUGCUCAAGCGCUAUAAGCAACUUCACCCGUUCUUGUAUCUCUUUGAAAGAGGCCGUGACGUGGAUCGCGAGUUGCCGGCCGACGUACCUCCUAACGACGCUCGACGGUUCCCGAUCGUGAACUAUCUGCCGAAUGCGUCGGAACACUGUUGCAUCAUGGAUCUGCUCGAAGACAUGGAGCUCUUAGAGCUUGCUACAAAGCGACUGCAGAGCGAAGAUUUAACUGUGAUCUCCGCGCGCGAUAUUUUCGACGAGGUGCUCGUUGAUUUCCCACAAUUGAAGAAUCGGCUGAAGGGUGACGCAAAAAUUGUCGAAUCUGCCAAUUUUGAAAGCGCUAUCGUGAAGAUUAUGAGUGGGGAAGAACGAACGUUGACCAGUGAGGAGCGCGUAGUUGCUACUCGAUUGAGGCGCAAUCCAGUACCCCAGCGACAGAGUUCAAAGAAGGCCCAGCGGACGGGAAAAGCCUCGCAACCAAAGACCAAGCCCAAUGUGGGAAGGCAAAAGCGCACUCGCACAAACUCUCAGUCAGAAUCAGAAGACAACUUAUCCGAGCCACCUGCAAAACGGAAGCGAACACCCUCUGAGGUAAAAGCUGCUAUCAUCAAGCGAGCCAAAACCCGUGAAGAACACAAGUCGGCCUUCGUGGAUCUUGCCUGGAUACCAGCCACAUCAGUUCAAGUUGAGAGACUCUUUUCACUCGUGAAGUGCACUCUUGGGUACCUACGCAAGCGAAUGAGCGCGGAAACGCUGGAGUCAAUUCUGUACCUGCGCAUGAAUUGGGAUCUUGUCACGAACGAGAUAGUUUCUAAGUCUAUCAAGACUGCACGAGAGGAAGAUCUAGAAGAUGAAGAGGAGUGUGACAGCAACUUGUAG